UAUAUAUAUAUAUACUGUGUACUUGAGGAGCUUGUUGGUUCUUCUUCUCUCUUUGUAAAGAAAAGAAGAUGCGCCAAACUUAUUUUGCACAAAUUCUCUCUGAUAAAUGAUGAUAUAUGAUGUAUAUUAUUAUGUAUGAUAUAUAUAUAUAUAUUAUGACAUAUUAUGAUAUAUUUCCACGUGGUCUGACGCUCUCUCUUAUGAUGUCAUGUGGUAUGAAACAAUGAUGUAAUGAAAGUUAACCUCAACGCUAGCCGUUUAGCAUCGAAUCGCUAUUUCAUAACUUACUAAUCUUACUGUUAUCCCCAAACCUGACUCUCUGGUUUCACCAGAUCUGAUUAUAGGUUUACAGAUGUUGCAUUUGUGAAUAAUGGUUUGAAUGAAAACGUAACCAAGAACACACUAAACUGUGCUGCUGCCAAUAUUUACUAAAUACUUUGUAGCUACUAAACAAGAAAUCACAAUGAAUACAGAAGAGGAAACAUUCAAAAGUGGAAGAAGAAAUAUGUUACAAGUUAAAUUUCUGCAUUAUAUAAUAUUAUAAUGAAUGUACUGCUCCCUUUGAAGCUAUUUCAUGAACUUACAUGCUGCAGUGUAGUUUAAUCUUUAAUAACAUGCCAUCAUUUACUUUGUUUAAAUAAUCUGAAUCUGUAAAGUAACUGAAGUUAUUCAAUAAAUUCAGUGGAGUAAAAAGUACUACACGUGCCUCCGAGAUGAAGUAGUGUAGAAGUACAAGUAGCAUCCGAUGGAAGUACUCAAACCGAGUACAAGUACCUGCAUUGUACGACUGAUGAUUUGUUAUUUUGCUUCACAAGGAAAUAUAUUUUUGUUUUAUUUUUAACACUUUAUUUGAUUUUUGGUCGCGACGGGCGGGUUCCAGGUGGAGUUUAGAGGACCACUUCUCCACCAUGAAGGACAUUAAUAAAGCUGUAAAUGACCUUUUAAGAGAAAUACUGUGACACCGUGUUGUCUUUGUGAAGCAUCCGGCGUUAAUGAAUCGUCAUCAUCUUCGUCAUCAUCUUCGUCAUCAUCAUCGUCAUCACGAUGUUUUAGAGUAAAAUAACUGUAGCGGCUCAAUAAAUGAGAUUCAAUCAGACUGUUUGACUUGUUCAUGUCGAGGACUUUCCUCCACCUGCUGGACAUAAACAUGCUCCUCUACGCGUCAGUGGUCUGUGACGUCGCCGUGACGUAACGUCCAAACCGGAAGUCAAAGCAGCACGCCGCGCUGUCCGCACGUCACGGCCAGUGUGGCGAGUGUCUUCAACGUAAGUUCCGCGUGGCUCGACGCGUCCCGCCCGAGGACCGAGCCUGAGGCUCCACGAUGGCCGCAGCAGGCCGGCUGAGCUUCAGCAGCAUCACCGCCCUGGCCCCGAUGGUCCGGGUGGGGACUCUGCCCAUGAGGCUGCUGGCUCUGGACUACGGAGCUGAUGUGGUCUACUGCGAGGAGUUGAUCGACAUCAAAAUGGCCAAAUGUCAGCGAGUGGUAAACGAUGUUCUGCAGACGGUGGACUUCGUGGCUCCAGACGAGCGCGUGAUGUUCAGGACCUGCGAGAGGGAGAAGGACCGAGUCGUCUUCCAGAUGGGAACAGCUGACCCGGAGCGAGCGCUGGUGGUGGCCCGUCUCGUGGAGCACGACGUGGCUGCUAUCGAUGUGAACAUGGGAUGUCCCAAAGAAUACUCCACCAAGGGCGGGAUGGGAGCUGCUCUCCUGUCGGAUCCUGAUAAGAUCGAGGCGAUCCUCCAGAAGCUGGUGGCUGGAGUCUCCAUACCCGUCACGUGUAAAAUCCGAAUCCUUCCCUCGUUGGAGGACACACUCAGUCUGGUUCGGAGAAUCGAGCAAACGGGCGUCGCUGCGGUCGCUGUCCACGGCAGGCUGAAGGAGGAGCGACCUCGACACCCGCUGCACCUCGACUUCAUCCAAGCCGCCGCAGAAGCCGUGUCCAUCCCCGUCAUCGCAAAUGGAGGCUCUCUGGACCUGGUGAAGACCAACGAGGACAUCGAGGACUUCCGGAGGACCAGCGGCGCCUCCUCCGUCAUGUUGGCUCGAGCUGCCAUGUGGAACGCCUCCGUGUUCAGGGCGGCGGGGCCCCUCCCCCUGGAGACCGUCAUGGAGGACUACCUCAAACACGCGAUCCGGUACAACAACCACGCCUUCAACACCAAGUACUGCCUGUGCCAGAUGCUGAGGGACAAGGUGGAGUCUCCUCUGGGGAGGCGGGUGCAGGCGGCUCAGACCAGCGCCGACAUCAGCGAGGCGUUGGGGCUGCAGGAGUUCUACCAGCAGACCCAGGAGCUGCUGCAGGCCAGGAGGGACGCGCUGCACGGCGGGGGGCCGGCGGAGCGCCUGGUGAUGGACGGGGACGUCACCACCAUGGUGGUCCGGUUUGAGAGGCGGGAGUAUCCGCCCCACAUCACCCCCAAGAUGUUCCUGCUGGAGUGGAGCCGCAAGGAGAAGCUGCAGCAGCCGCUCUAUGAGACGGUUCAACGUUCUCAGGAUCGAUCGUUUCAGUCCAUCGUCACCGUGGAGGGAAAAAGAUACAGAUCGACUCUGUGGGAGAAGUCGAAGAAGUUCGCUGAGCAGGCGGCGGCAGUCGUCUUCCUUCGAGUGCGCGGCGUCCCAGAGGGUCGAAUCGGGGAGGAAGACUCGGGCCUGGUGUGCAAGAGGAAGAGGGAGGGGCGGGGCGGCCAGGCCGGGGGGGGGGAGGAGGUGGAGGAGGACGGCAGCAACAACAAGCGGCGUGUGUUCGAUGCCCAGCGAGGCGUCUCCGUGUGAACGGGAGCUUCUUUAUUUUUAUUUUCUUUGCAUCAAGAGAAACUUCUCAGUAAAAAUGAAUUCUGUGGGAUUUUUAUGGGAAAAAGUUAGUUGGUGGAGGAGCUUCACCUUGUGACCGGGGGGAGGAGCUUCGCCUUGUGACUGGAUGAAGGGGGAGGAGCUUCGCCUUGUGAUUGGGUGAAGGGGGAGGAGCUUCACCUUGUGACUGGGUGAAGGGGGAGGAGCUUCACCUUGUGACUGGGUGAAGGGGGAGGAGCUUCACCUUGUGACUGGGUGAGGGUGGAGCGACGUCAUCACGCACGGCGGCGAGGUGGGCGGCCUAAAUACAGUUUUUAUUUUAUUUAUUUUCACGCCUUUAUUGCUCACCUCCUUUUUUAUUUCAACAUAAUUUGGGUACCUGCCGAGGUGCAGGUGUGAAUGUUCGCCACUGGGAGGCGGAGCUUAAUCAUUUCACGCCUUCCUGAACUUUGGUGCCUUAGAGAAGGAGUUUUUCCUCAUUGGACUCGAGGACUGACAUCGAUCGAGUUUUUUUCUGUUUUAUAAGUUUUACGCUUAUAAAUCCUCACGUUCGUUUUAAAGGCGAACAGACGGUUUAAUUUGAUUUUUGGAAGUUAAAAGUCUAAAAUACAAACAUUAAAACGCAUGAAAAAGAA